AUGUACUCUUCAUAUUCUCUAUGCAAAUACCUCGUUUCUUUCCAUAUCUUGGCUAUACAACUCCUAAUACGCAGCGUUUCAUCCCUGAAUAUUACGAACGAGUAUCUUAACCACAAAUGCCGGGUUGACCAAGGAAAAUACCAGCCAGGAUGUAAAUACGAAAAAGACCUCAACUCUCUCAUACGUUUCAACGCCGACGAUACAUCUACACGCGGUUUUAUUCAUAGCGCUAGUAGUGAGGGUCGCAAUUCCACUACCAUCAUAUUCCAGUGUCGCGGGGACACGCACAAGUCAAACUGUCGAACCUGCUAUGACACUGCCGUGGCCGGGUUUCGUAAGAGAUGUCCGAGAAAUAAAGGGGGGAUAAUAUGGUACGACCAAUGUUUUCUCGAUAUUAGUAUGAUCAAUGAACACGUCCCAAGGAAGAUGAAUUAUCAGAAUACUUUCUCAAUGCAUAACACAAACAAUGUGAAGGGGGAUACAAAGUCGUUCAACAAGAAGACAAGAGAUUUAUUACAACGGCUGAUCGGGGAAGCUGAUAAGGAAGGCCCGGAUGGCGUCGAGUUGUUAUAUUAUGCGGUAGGAGAGGAGAGAAUCGGUACGCGAAAAGUGUAUGCAAUGGUGGAGUGUGUGAAAGACGUAGCUGACUGCAGGCUAUGUUUGGAAUGGAGUAUCAAGCGGCUUCCCAAGUGUUGUGACGGUAAACAGGGAGCGAGAGUUUUGGGUACGAAUUGUAAUCUUAGGUAUGAGCUAUAUCCUUUUCUUAGGACUUAA